UUGUGUGUGGCAGUGGCUCUCUGACUGUUGCAGCUUGCACCUCCAACAGUGACUGUUCUGCCUCUGUUAGAGGCUGUGUGUAAUUUGUGAUGGAUAUUUGAAUUUAUAUUUCUUUUCUUUUCUUUUGUGGUUGUUUGAUGUUCAAUGUGCUUUUCGUGUUCUAUUCACCUUUGCCUGCUGCUUGUCUGUAAUAUGUAUAGGAGGACUUUUAUUUUGACGUGUCUCUGCGAGUGCGGCAUGUUGGGUAACCAGGUAGCAUCGAGCAUGGUGUAGUGUAUGCUGGGUGUAUGUUUGUGUUGCAUCCGCAUUGAUCCUUCUUCAAAAUGCUACAGAAGCACCGGUUUUUUACACGGUUCAUUGACCUGUGAGUUUGCCUGUAACUACAAGCUAUCACUAAAGGAGCAAGGUGCUCAUUUCCUGGCUCUUGAACAGAGUUUGGCUUGCUGUUUAUUUAUAUUAACGCUUGAUAGCAAAACAUAUAAAGAGAACAGUAUAGUAAAAAACCGUAGUAGAAACAGAAAAGUCAUGGAUCAACAGACACCAGAAGGAUAUACAGAUGCAAGCAUGGCAACUGAUGCAAACAGUGUAAAUGAAAAGGCACCUUCAGAGGUCAGAUCAAAAUGCACAUCAUCCAGCUCUCAAUCUUCAGUCGUUUGCGCUGCCGUUAAAGCUAGAGCCUCAGCAGAAGCUGCACGUGCUAAGAUGGCAUUUGCACAAAAACAACUAGAAAUGAGAAAAGUAAAAGCCAGGCUGGAACAGGAAAGAGCUAUGGUGGAAGCAAAUCUUGAAGCAUUGGAAAUGGAAAAAGAAGCUGCUGCUGCUAUAGCAGAAGCUGAUACGUUGGAAAGUGAUGAUAGUCGUAGUAGAAAGAGCACACUCUCAUCACACGUGAUUUCAAGACGAACAAGGGAAUAUGUAGGACAUCAGACCCUAGUGAGCUCUGAGUUUACCACUUUACCUCUUAAUUUGUCAUCCUGCUUAAAAGAAUCGACUCCAGAUUUGAUCAAAAGGUCUCAGAACGUGAGCGCUGAAGGUGACAGCGACCUUAAUGCAGUUCAAGAAUGGAGUCGAAUAAGUGAUGGUGAACGUCUGCAGAACACAAGACGUCCAGAUUAUCAAUACGCUCUACCUCAAUCCAUUCCAAAUGCAGCAUCUAAAGUAUCUCCAGGCCAAAAUCGUGAUCCACAAGAGUGUACGGUCCAUACAGAUGUGCAGCAUUCCUCUCAAAGCCAAGCAACGCCUAUGUUGGACAUUGCAAGAUUCUUAGCACGUAGAGAACUAGUUGCAACAGGGCUUACCAAGUUUGAUGACAAUCCAGAAAACUUUAAGGCUUGGGAGUCUUCAUUUGUUAAUGUUACACAAGAUUUACAGCUCUCAGCCAACGAAAAGUUAGAUUUGUUAAUCAAAUGGCUAGGAAAGGAAUCGUCAGAGCAUGUAAAAAGAAUACGAGCCGUUUAUGUUACAGAUCUUCAAGCUGCUCUUCAGAUGUCUUGGAUGAGACUUCAAGAAUGUUACGCUACUCCAGAGGUAAUUGAAAGUGCCUUAUUUAAGCGAUUGGACAACUUUCCACGUUUGUCUCCAAAAGAUAAUGUGAAACUCAGGGAGCUUGCAGAUUUGCUCACAGAAAUACUUGUCGCUAAAGGAGAUGCAUAUUUACCUGGACUGGCUUAUCUUGAUACCCCUCGUGGUAUUAAUCCUAUUGUAGAGAAGUUGCCAGCAAAUCUAUAAGAAAAGUGGUUAUUUGCAGGUUUACGAUUCAAAGAUGAAAACCGGGUCAGUUUUCCCCCAUUCUCAUUCUUUACCCAUUUCAUUUGUAGUGAAGCUAAAGCUAGGAAUGACCCUAGUUUCAAGCUCUCGAGUAGUGCCCAUACUGUCAUUAAAAAUGAAAGACCCCUGUAUAGACAUGGUGAUAGCAGAGUCCAUGUUUCAGUGCAUAAAGCAGAUGUAUACACAGAACCUGGAGAAGACUCUACAAAUGUGAAGGAGACAAGUAAGAGAGACCUGACAAAGAGCUGCCCUCUCCAUAACAAACCACAUCCUCUGUCAAAAUGUAGAACCUUUUAGAAAAAUGAUGUUGACUGAGCGCAGGAAUGUUCUAAAAGAACACAGAAGAUGUUUCAGGUGUUGCUCUCCAAGUCAUAUGGCCAAAGACUGUCUUCUGAUCUUAAAAUGUGUAGACUGCGAUUCCGAUAAACAUUGUACUGCCAUGCAUCCUGAUCUAGCUCUGCCUUUCUCCACACCUGCAAAGCAAGAACUGCAUACAACACAACAGGACAAAGUUACAACAGAGGUAACUUCAAGGUGUACAGAAGUUU